AUGCCGCCUCUACAUAGCCCGCGUAGCUUUGCGCGAGAUCUCACCGUAUCCCCCUUGCGACUACAGCUCCGACGCCUAGCCCCCCUCCGCGAGGUCUCUCUUUUCCCCAGAGCCGCGACAAAUGUCAAUUCGGUUCCAGAGGGGUAUGGACGGACGCCCAGCGGACCCGACCCAGGGGCGGUCGUAGGCAUCGUGCUCGGCUCCAUCGCGGGCUUCAUACUGCUGCUGUGGGUGAUAUACUGGUGCGUGAACUUGGGCAACCCUACGAUCAUCGAGGAGGGGUCGGUGACCGGGGCUUCCGCGUCCGUGGUGUCGUACCGGUCGCGACCGCGGGUGCACCGGAAGCGACGCAGCCACUACUCGCGAUCGCCGCACCGGCGGGAGAAGAUCGAGAUCACGCGGCGCAGCAUACCCAUCGUCGUGCCCUCGCCGUCGGCUUCGCUGGGGCCCAACGAGAUCAUCGUCGAGGAGCACAGAUCGAGGUCCAGAACGAGGUCGAGGUCCCGGCCUCGCUCUUUAUCGAGGAGCGUGAGCCGGCCGCGGCCCGUCCAUCAUCACCACCGACCCCCGACCACGCCUAGCGCGCCGAGGACGAUGAGCGGGGACGACGAGAUCGUGGUCCUCGAGGAGCACACGCCACCGAGGCGUCGCGAGAGCAGGGGCCACAGGCGCAGGAGUAGCGGCGGAAGGUACAGAGACCCCGACACUCGCAGGUUUACGGGGGGCGAGGGGUCGUCGCGGGAUAGAAGUCGGAGGCGGAGUAGCCCGAGACGGUGA